GAUGAAUAUAUAAUGUAUAGAAAUGCAUAAGCAGUACUUUUAUAAUGCAGGACCCACCAUUAAUGUUGAAGUUAUGUUUAACUGAAUUUUACCACUGCAUUGUUUUCCGAAGCAUUUGUUUUCCCUUUGCAGUUUCUCUAUUUCAAUCCAUAUACUGAUUUCACACAUUUUGGGUAUUUGUCAUGCUUGUUUUAAAAGCAUCCCUAACAAUAUGCCUAUGUAUAUGAGUACAAGCACAAGGGAUUAUAAAGAUGGACAUUUUUCGUUUGUCUGCUGUUUACGUAGUUACAUGUAAAUCAUCAGGAGCUUGCACAAUGCAAUAUUUGCAUUACCAUAUUGGGAACUAUAAGUGGUCUUAUUACCCAGAAGUUGCAUAUGUGUGUUUAAUAUGGACAUUUGAACUCUGCACUGUUUAGUGUUGGUGCAAUUAAACAAUAUUGGGCACAAUUUUAUAUAAAAGUCUUUAUAAAACUGAGUGGAACUUGAGUUGAUUUCAUAGUUCGAUAGCUACCGGUUUAGAAGGACAUUGAAAACAAAAAUGCAUGAAGGAAAAAUUGGAGUUUUUGUCAGUUUCCUGCUGUUUAUAACAACUCAAGGUAAUCCAACCAGUGUUGUUUACAACGACAUGGAAUACCUAUUGUAUAGGUUUGAUGAUGAAAUUGGGAGACUUAGUUAUUACGACGCGAAUGCUCUUUGUGUAAACGAGGGUGGGAAGUUAGCCUUGAUUAAAAAUGCAAACGUUCAGAUAAUUAUACAACAACAACUUGAACUGUGGAAAAAUGAACCAAAUGAGGGUUGGGUGCAUGAUUGGCUCAGAGGGUAUUGGAUUGGAGGGUUUUGUGGUAACAACUGUGGAGUUGUUAAAAGUUCUGCUACACAAGAUGAAGCAUUAAACAAACCAAACUGGAAAUGGAGCGAUGGUAGUAGAAUGUAUGAUGGCUACACAAACUGGUAUUCAAACCUGGAACCUAAUAAUCCCUCAAACGUUGCGACAUAUGUUUAUAACUUUAAUGAUAUUGAAGAAUACAUAAAUACAUUUGGAACAUGGGGAGAUGAUAUUGUUACAAAUACUAAGAACUACAUUUGCCAAAGAGAAACAGCAUGUUAUUCAAACCCAUGUGACAACGGGGGGACAUGUGAGAUAUUUCGGAAUCAAUACAUUUGUCAUUGUAUGCCUGGGUACGAUGGAACCAAUUGUAAAAUAAGUAAGUUGUUCUCUAUCAUUUUUAACUGA